AUGGACAGCUUUUAUGGAAAUUCAUAUCAAAGCAAUGGAGGUGAAAAAGAUUUUCAGAAAUUGGCUCAAUUGAUCGGCACCAAUAUUCAGAAAAUAUCACAAAAUGUUUCAUCCAUGAAUAGAAUGGUAAAUCAAUUAAAUACUGUACAAGAUGCUACAGAAGUUAGAAAACAACUACAUCAAAUAUCACAUUAUACUCAACAGCUAUCUAAAGAUACUAGUCAUAAUUUAAAGGAACUUAAUGAAAUACGAUCAUAUUCUUCACAAACAGAUCAGAGACAAUUGAAAAUUCAAAAAGAACGUUUAGCUGAAUCAUUUACAUCUGCUUUAAAUGCAUUUCAAGCCAUUCAACGUAAAGCAUAUGAUAAAGAAAAUGCAGAGCUAAUGAAACGUACAAAAGCAUCUUCAUCUAUUGGAAAAUUAGCUCCACCACCUGGUUCUAAAUAUCAAAAUGGUUAUUCAAACCCUAAUGAAAACCAAAAUGAUCAAACUCAGAUACAAAUUUUGGAUGAAGUAAAUUUACAAGUGGUUGAACAAGAACAAGCUAUUAGACAACUUGAGAACGACAUAAGUGAUGUUAAUCAAAUUUUUAAAGAACUUGGUACUUUAGUUCAUAAUCAAGGUGAAAUAAUUGAUAGUAUUGAAGCUAAUGUACAAAUUACUAAUGUAUCAGUUCAAGAAGCAACUGGUCAGUUGAGACGAGCAACUGAUUACACUAACAAACUCAGAAAAAAACGAUUCUAUUUAUUAGUAAUUUGUGCUGUGAUAUUAUUCAUAAUUAUAUUGACCAUUGUUUGGGGUUCUAAAUAAGUGUGUUAGUGUAAAUUAUACUUAUCAUAUUGUACUUCAGUUACUCCAUUUUGUUAAUCUACAUAAAAAAAGUAUAUUAU